CGAGAUACGAACGAAUAUAUUUUAAUUGCUAUGUAUAUUAAAUGUUCCUUUUAAAAACUCAUUUUGUAAUGUUAUUUUUCAAAUUCUAUUUAUCCUCCUUGUAUGCUGCCAGACCGUGUUUCCUGUCAUGGCGGUGGUGACAAACAACACGUGAAGAUUUUACGUCGCCGAAAACGUUUUUACUUUUCUUUUGUGGUGCUGACGAAUGGAGUUGUGGAACCAAGUAUAAAAUACUAACUCUGUAUUUAUUUGAAAUCACUUGGAAUCAGCUGAAAUCCGAACAUGCCGCACAGAAAGAGGAAGGCUUUUAUCGAUAAGAAGAAGGCUGUGACAUUUCACCUGGUGCACAGAAGCCAGCGGGACCCCUUGGCGGCUGACGAGACCGCUCCUCAGCGUGUGUUACUGCCAGCCAGCAAGGCUGAGGUUGAGAAGAGACAGGAAGAGCAGAGGACGUUUGGGGUCUUCUUCGACGAUGACUAUGACUACCUGCAGCACCUCAAAGAGCCCUCCUGUCCUGGAGAGCUCGUGGUGGCAAGCGUACAUCAGCGGGACCCUAAACUCAUCAUCACAGAGGAUGGGCGGGUCAAUGAGGAAGCCCCACCCCUUCCUGCUGUCUCCAUCAAUCUGCCGUCCUCUGUGUUUGCCUCUGAGUUUGAAGAGGAGGUGGGAUUGUUGAACAAAGCAGCCCCUGUAUCAGGGCCACGGCUAGAUAUGGAUCCUGACAUCGUGGCCGCGAUGGACGAGGACUUUGACUUUGAUGACCCUGAAAACCAGCUAGAGGACGACUUCAUUGUCCGGGCCAAUGACAUCGGGGGCAAUGAAGAUGCAGGCCGUGGCGAUGAUGAUGAUGAUGAUGAUGAGUGGGAAGAUACGGAUGAUGAGGAGCCUGAUGAAGAGCAGGAGGAAGAGUACGGUUCGGAAGGGCCCCUCUCAGAGGACGGGGACCUGGCCCCUCGGGAGCUGCUCUUCAUGGACGAGGAGACGAAGAGCCGCUUCACUGAAUACUCUAUCACGUCAUCUGUCAUGCGGCGCAACGAGCAACUCACCCUGCUGGAUGAUCGCUUCGAGAAGUUUUACGAGCAGUUCGACGACGACGAGAUCGGCGCGCUGGACAACGCAGAGCUGGAGGGCUUCAUUGCCCCCGACAGUGUGCGCUUGGGGGAGGUCAUCGACGACUACUACAGGCAGAAGGAGAAGGAGUACCAGAAGCCUGAUGACUUGGGCCCGAGAGGACUCCCGCUGGUCGCUGAGGAGGAAGAACGCGAGGAAGAGGAGGAGAUGGAGACCCUGGUGGUGGAGAAGCCGGCAGAGAAAUGGGAUUGCGAGUCGAUCCUCAGUACUUACUCAAACUUGUAUAAUCGUCCAAAGAUCAUCAGUGACCCACCGAAGCCCAAGCCCAUUCGAGUGUCCCAGAAGACCGGCAUCCCGCUGGAUGUCCUGCCAGAGAGGGGCCUGACAGCCAAGCAGGUGGAGCGCAUGGAGAGGAUCAACGACUCGGACCUGCCCCGCGCAUCCACGCAGCCCCGGAGCAAGGAGGAGGGCAAGGAGGAGAGGAAGGCCAGGAAACAGGCCAUCAGAGACGAGCGCAAGGAGAGGAGGAGUGAAAAGAAAGCCAACAAACUGGCCUUCAAGCAGGAGAAGGCCAGGCAGGAGAAGGAGCUCCUGAACAUGCGAGCCAACAUACAGGGCCUAAAACUGUCAUAACCCCCCCACCCCACGACCCCAGAGAUCGCAACUCGGUUUGGACUCUGCAAGCUGUUUCACUUUCAGUUUGUUCUUUUUGACUUCAGCUGGGAGUUCUUGGGACUGACGCUCAGUCAGGUUGGGGCACGGCCCCAUUUCGCCAGCCUCGUGUCCAGAUCUAUCAGCACGUUUUCCCGUUUUUAACACAGCUAUGCACCGCUGCUCGCCUACAGGUGCGGAGCAGUACAAGCAGCCAAACACUCUGAUUCCACGCAGCCCUAAUCACUGACAGGCAGAUCUGCAUUCAGAGCAUGUAUCUUUAUUCCCUCAGCAUGGAAACCAAUGCAAUAUUCUGUAUAAAGUUGUUUAUUCAGUUGA